AUGGACGCGGUGGCUCGCACGACGCAGCGGAUCGCCAAGAGCUGUGGACAUCUCAUUCGGAUCGAAGUCGCUCGCACCGAGCUUCACGGGUCGCCUCACCGACCAUUGCUGGCCUACAUGGACCCCGAAACCAUCUCCGGGCACGUGGCGCCAUGGCAGCAGAUUCUGACCUUCUUCGCUCGUACGCAACACCCCACGGAGCCCGCUCAUCCGGCUUACCCGUACUACAAGUUCACUCGGCGGCAACAGGACGCCUGGGAUCAGCUGUGGCGCCUGGCGACCCGAAUUCCCGCGCAGUCUGCACCCCACGAUCCAUACGGCAGUGACCCGGAUUGUGGCAGCCGGUCCGCAUCCCCAGAUCCAUACGGCAGUGACCCCGAUCGUGGCAGCCCAGCCUCGGAGCCUGCCGCCUCGCCGUUCCAUUUUCCACCCCUCGAAAAGGCCUGUCUUGGAUUCUGCCUGGAGCUGUUGAAUCAAACCGUCCGGUUCCAUGAGCGUGAAUGCGCCAUGCUGUGCGUGCUGGCGGUCCUUGGUGGCUCCAGCACCAGCCACUCCAGCACCAGCUGGCAUACCCCAGACUCCUUUCCCCCUAUCCUCUCUAAGAUCAUCAAGCUCGCUCGUUUCAUGGUGCUGGGCAGGGCGUUGUGGUUGGAUCCCUAUGCCGAACAGAUUGCACGAAGUCUCCAAGGUUGGGAUCACGACUUCGAAGUCGAUCUGCAGAGUCCCCUUGAUGACCCGGACUUUUGUCUUGCGCACGAGGAUGAAGGUUACCAGAGUCCAUCCCCCCCUCCCCCGCCUUCGUCUCCGACAUCCUCUUCCCCUGCCCUUUUGUCCUUCUCUCAGGCAGCUCGGACCAAGAAGGGCUUCCACGAAUGGGUUCAUCUGAUCAUGCAAACGUUCAUGGUCCGAGGCACGAACUCUCCGAUGCAAUCCAUCCUCGAUCUCCGUACCUAUGGAAUGAGAGUAGCCUUCAAUUCGACGCAGCCGGGUGCUGUUGGAUGGGUUGGCCCUGACCGUUUACUCUAUCGGCAGCUGAGCUUUACGACCGGCGAACUUCGUGGAUGGGUGCACAGUUUGACCCAAGCCUGUCAAGAUCUUCUUUCGUACGACAUCCUCUACCUCUCCACCAUGACGCCGGCACCCGUGAUCCCAUGGUCCACUCUCGCCGAUGAUCCAUUGGAAGCCUCGGCCGGCUGGAGUUUCUUGCUGGAUUCUCGUACCCUCUGGCCGGUCAACGGAGCGAAAUGGUUGAUUGACCGAAUCCGCACCGACCCCACGCUGCGACGACAGUUUGUGGAUCCGAAUCUCCAGAACUUCCGUAUCAACGCGAUCAAGCGGUAUCUCUCUCGCGUCAAUCUCUUCCGGGAAAAGCUGGCGAUUCUGAUCCACCUCUGUGGCGGACAGCCUGCCCGCGCCCCUGAGAUGCUUUCCGUCCGACACCGGAACACCGCGAAUAGCCACCGCAACGUGUUUGUCGAGGAUCAGCAAGUGGUGAUUGCCACCCGAUACCACAAAGGCUUCCACGUGAACAACGACGUCAAGCUGAUCCAUCGGUAUCUCCCUCGGGCAGUGGGUACGGUGUUCAUCCAAUAUCUCUGGCUGGUGUUGCCUCUGGUGGAGCGUUUUGAUUCUCUCGUCCAACCUGAGGGUGUGACUCCCCCUACCUCUCGUACCACACUCCUGUGGAACCAGGAUCCUUUCAGCCAGCGUCCCUGGACCAGCCGACGUCUCAAAGAAGUCCUCCAACGGGAAUCCCGUCUCGGCCUGCAGGGGCAGAGUGUGAAUAUCGCUUCGUGGCGGCACAUUGCCAUCGCGCUCAGUCGCCGUUUUCUCCGCACCAGCAGCGGAUUCCCGCAGCAAUCGGACAACCAGGAUGCGGACGAGAACGACGAAGAUUCGGAGGAAGACUUUCAGGAUCUGCAGGCCGGGCAUUCUGCCCACGUGGCCGGCAUUGCCUACGCUCGCCAGCUGCACGAAGCUCCUGGCUCCAUGGCCCACCGUCGUCUGAUGUUCCGACAAGUAAGCCAGGAUUGGCAUCAAUUUCUUGGGUUUACCGAUCCCCUCUCCCCCGAGAAUGCAAGAGACGCAGAUCACGCGGCGUUUUAA